AAAAACAAAACCCACAGAUAAAUAAGAAAGCAUGUUCAAACUAUCGGAAUUGGUGCGCUGGCUCGGCCUAACAGAGUUUGAAAUAUUGUUGAAUCUCUGCGGUCUGUUAAUGUUUACCAUAACGCUGUCCCUAAAAAUAUCUGGCGCGCUCAACAAUAUUGCGCUGGAUGUCAAGAGUGAUUGGUUUGCCGUAUUCAGUCCGCUGUUUUUCAUCGACAUUUUCAACGCUUACUUCUGCGUGAUAGUCGGCAUACGAAUGUAUCUGGACUCUGACAACAAACGCAAGGCUCUGAAUCGCUUUAUGUGGAGCACAUAUUUUCUCGUCCUCAUUGCUAUAUUCAAGUAUCUGCUCUGUCUUAAACUGUCGGGAAAGACGGGUCUGGAGUAUAGCGAAGUGUUUUCGCCAAUAUUCGUACUGCUGCAGUUAGUUGCUGUGCGUGCUUGUCAGUUACCCAAUUCCAUAUAAUACUUGAUCAUGCACAUACACCCCUAGUAUAAGCUAUAAAAAUACUUGUGAAUAAAGUAUGUAAAACGAAA